GAAAUCGUCGCUAUCCCAACUUGUGAAAACAAAUCAGAUGUUUAGAAAAGUUUUGGUUUAAUCGGUGUGUCAUGAAUGAGAUUACUGUUUGUUGAUGUUCAUUUUAAAUGUGAGUGGGUUGGUAUGACUAAUAUGAUAAAUCGAAGGCUGAAACAUCUUAUUUAUAAAUACAUUAUUUGUUGCUCAUUUUACGUGUUACUGUGAUUUCCAAAAGAAUGGAUAUUUACACCAAAAAUAAAUAAUAUAUUCAUUGUGUCAUUUGGUCUGUCACUUCGGUGGUAUCUUGUUUCGAAAAUGUGAUUACGUUAGAAAAAACUUUUGAUAUUUUGAGUGUUUAUUGAUGAAUCGACUGUGUUUUAUAAUUUAAAGAAAUUUAUUUUGAUCCAUUCAUCAUGGUUGUGCAAAAUAAUUCGUCCACCGAUCUUGUGUCAACACCUUUAAAAAGUGAUAAAAAACAUAGGUUAAAACAAAGAUUUGAUGUCCAGCGUAAACUUGGCCAAGGCACUUAUGGGAAAGUACAGUUGGCCGUUAAUCGUGAAACUGGACAAGAGGUUGCAAUUAAAACCAUCAAGAAGAGCAAAAUAGAAAGUGAGCAGGAUCUCAUUAGAAUACGAAGGGAGAUUCAGAUUAUGUCAUCGAUUCAACACCCACACAUCAUCCACAUUUAUGAAGUUUUUGAAAAUAAAGACAAAAUAGUCCUUGUUAUGCAGUUUGCCAGUGGUGGAGAGUUGUACAAUUAUCUUAGUGAGAAAAAAGUUCUUUCAGAUUUAGAAGCACGUAGAAUAUUUCGCCAGAUAGCUGCUGCUGUAUAUUAUUGUCAUAAAAACAAAAUUUGCCAUAGAGAUUUAAAACUUGAAAAUGUGCUAUUGGAUGAAAAGGGAAAUGCCAAAAUUGCUGACUUUGGCUUGUCGAAUGUAUUUGAUGAGAAAAAUCUCCUUAAUACCUAUUGUGGAAGUCCAUUAUAUGCAUCGCCAGAAAUUGUAAAGGGAGUUCCUUAUUAUGGACCUGAAGUUGAUUGUUGGAGUAUGGGUGUCCUGUUAUACACUUUAGUAUAUGGAGCCAUGCCUUUUGAUGGAAGCAACUUCAAAAAGCUAGUGACACAAAUAUCUGAGGCUGAUUAUUUUGAGCCUAAGAAAAAAUCAAAUGCUUCUGAUUUAAUACGUAAGUUAUUGACUGUUGAUCCUACUAAGCGUGCAACGAUAGUUGAUAUAUGUGUGGACUACUGGGUGAACCUAGGCUACGAACAUUCUUUGCUGCAAGUAGCUGCAGACAUGGCAAACCUGACACCUGUACGAUUAGAUUUGUUAUUAGCAUUAGCCCCUGGUUCUCCCAUCCCUCAAGAAGAAUUAGAAUUUGAAAAGCCAUUAACUGAUGAUGUAACUUUAUUAAAUAGAACUAUUGAAAAAGAUAUCCCUGAUGAAGAGGAAGAAGAAGAAGAUGAUUACAAUCCUGACACUGCAGCAAAUAGCUUUGCGUUUAUGAAAGGAAGUCGCGCUAGUCAAUUAAGUAUUAGUUCCCCUAAUCUGCAAGAAGCAGUUGAUGAAUACGCUGAAGAAAGUGAAGAGGAGUUCCUUCCGGCUGAUAUUGCAGCUGCUCUACAGACAGAGUGUGGCAAGAGGUUAGCUGAGAGCUCAUUUGGAUCCAGCCUUGCCAGGGUUUCAAGUUUAGCACACCAGAGUAAGAAACCUAAGAAGUCCGAUUCAGUUAAUGUUAAAAAGGAAUUAGCUAAGACUGGGACUGAUAAACUUGAGAAACAAAUUGAAAAAGUUCCAGAGGCUUCUAGCAACAAAGCAAAAUCUGACAUUCCCUCUACUAAAGAAAAUGGCAUGCAAAAAUCUGUUGAUAAAUCUAAUUCACAAACUCCCAGCAAAAAAGACUCCAUGUCUGGAGAUCAGAAAAUUGUUAAAGACCCUAGUAAUUUAAAUGAAAUUAAUCAGAAAGAUAGCAAAGAUUCUCUGGUUAGAUUAAAUGAGUCUCAAACCACAGUUAAUCGUAGAGAAUCUCUGACUAACUCAGAAGAAAAAGAAAACAAAAAAAUGGGUCGUCCUCCUGGUAAAAUUGUAAUACCUAAAACUUUUGAUUCUCCACAAUCAACUCCAUCUCCAAAACCUAUGUCAGUUAAAAAGUUAUUAAACUCUGAAAGCAAAUCUUCAUCUGAAUGUAAUGCGCAAUCAAAAACUACUCCCUUGAAUAGCCCUGAAGUAUCUCAGAAAGAUGAAAAACGGAGGGAUUCUGUUGGAACUCCUGUAGAGGAUAUUAAUAAAAAUGUAAUUAAAAAUGAUUCGCAAGAGGAAUGCAGAGAAAAGGCUAUUACAGAAGAGAAGAAAACCAUUGCAAAAGGUAUUCUUAAAAAGGGUAUUGCAAAAGCUAAGCUCGCUGAACGAAGAAUGUCAAAGCAAAGCUCCGUGGAUUCUGAAACAUCUUCAGUGUGCUCAACUCCUGCAUCAGCUAAUAGUGCUGCUGAACCGAUGCCAUCUUUUUAUAAAGCACCCAAACCUUAUACUAAAGAUGAGGAGGCAAAUGUUACUAGCAAAGCAGAGAUAAAAUUGAGUUCGACUCAAAGUUCAAAUAAUAGUACAUUAAAAAGUGAAAUAAUUAGUUCCAAGAAUGCACCAUUAUGGGACAAUUCGUCAUAUUCAAAUGAAAGAAAAUUGCAAGAAAGAUCUCAGAAUUGGAGUACAAUAUCAUCUACAAUUGAUUCAGAAUUAAGUGGCUGGCGAGAACAGAUGGAGGAAAGUUUGAGAAGGCUAUCUCCUGAUGAUGAGAGAUCAUCAAAUAAAUCAUAUAAUUUGGCCAAAUUUGAAGAUGACAAGCCACUAGUCCCAAUAGCUCGUAGUUACAAAAAAUUCACUUUUACCAAAGAUGGAGCUUGUAUUACAGAGACUAAGAAAAUUUAUACCACACCUGGAGCAGAUGGCUCCUGGACAAAAGUGGAAAAGAAAACAAAAAUCACUACCCGCCCUGGAAAUGUUGAAGAAUUCGAAAAAUUUCGAGAUCUUCAUCUCAGAAAUGAUUCGCCAUGUCUUGCAAGAUCAGACAGCCAAAGUUCAUCUGGUUCAAAUGAGGUGUAUGAUGACAUAUUCGACAGUUGGACAGGCGAUACUAUGAUGUGUAAUAUGAGAAAAAUGAAUAAUAUGUUUCAGAAGUUUUCAAAAGAUCCAUUUCUUCGUAAAGAAAGAAGACGAAAUCCCUUCAGAUUAUUUCGAAGAACUGAAAGUGAACGAAAUGAACGUGAUAAAAAGAAAUUUGAAAUCCGCAGUGGGCGAUCCGCAGAUAGAGAAUCCUCUGAAAACGAAGAAGAUUGUGAUUUACAUUUUGAUGAUUCCAGUGCAGUUGUAUAUGGAUCACAGGGUCUUUGGCAGUUCUUAAGAUCAGCUAAUAGAGGCUUUCCUAGUCGAGUCACCAUCCAACAUGAGCCAAUAACAUAUGGAAGAUCUGUUAGUCAAGAUCGUUCCGAGUCUAAAUUUGAACCUCAGUGGCGAAGAUGUGGGUCCAGAGCCAGCAGUGGUUACAAUACAGGAACUCGUUCUCAGAGCAGAGAUAGAACAGAGAGUCCAAGAGAAAAGGUAUUAAGAUUUGUUUUUGAAUCUCCAAAUGAAGGUUUUUGUAAGGAGUCAAGUGUUCGAGAUUCUCCUAGUCGACAUGAAAAGUGGUCUCUUAAAAGAAAUAUAUCAAGACAUAACCCACGUCGAGACAGUGGAGUUGGUAGUGACGGAUAUGAAUCUGAAUAUUCUAUUAGACAAAGUCCUUCAGAUGAAUUUUCUAGAACUGGUAGAGUAUCGUCUAUGUCAUCCAUUCAGGGUGGUGGAAAGCAGGAAAUGAUUAAAAACUUUAUGAAAUCCUGGUCAAAAGAUUUUAUGUCACCACCGAUCUCACCAACGUCGCUAGGUAGUAGUAAAGAGCCAACUGAAAAUUUCCCAGAAAGUAGAAAACAUAGAGUAGAACAGUGGUUGCAUAUGAAUUCAGAUGAUCCAUUUGAAGUUUAUAAUGACCCUUAUCCAAGCCUUAGUUCAAGAAAAUCUAGCACUCAUAGCAAUACUUCUGGUUAUGCCACCAUGCGCCCUCGUGAAUAUUUUCAAUACAAUCGCUCAUCUAGUGAUAAACUAGCAGGCUGUGCUGACUUUUUCCCCUCAUUUGAUGAGACUCAGCGUAGAAGAAGUCAGAGCUUGAACAAAGAAGCUGAAGCAAGUAAAAUGCGCUUUAGGUCUUCCACAUAUAGUCCAGUUUCGGAAGAAAGCAUUAGAGAAACUAACCGCAGUGAUGGCUCUCAUUCUGGCUCUUCUGUUCAUCAAAUCAAUUUCACAUUUUCAGAUGGUAGAGCUGCAUCUAGUCAUGCAAAUCCCUCAACUGCUACCAGAAUUGUCAGACAUUAUAGUAGCUCCAAUGAUGGGAGUAUUGUCGAAUCUUCUGGACCUGCUAGUUUCCGGGUAGAGCAGGUUUCGCCCAGAGUGCACUCACAACCUGUAGUUCAAAUGAGAGUUUCUAUUAAUAGGAAUCGGGACAAUCAAAUGGUUCAAGCAUCUUCCCAACCUAAGGGCUUAUGGGAACAGCAAGAAACAUUGGCUCCCAGUAAAACAGAUUCUACUACAAGGGUACCAUCCCCUGUACCUGGCAUACGACAGUUUUCAACUGAGGUUCAGCAUUGUAUCGGAGGAUCUGAAAGUUCUCCUCAAAUGUCGGUCCAAUGUGAUGUUGGGAAUAGCGGAAAACAAUCGCCUAGAAAUGCUCAAUCAGGUAAGAACAGUCCCUAUAAACCUCAUUUGCCAUCUGAAAACAGCAUUUGGGAUAUGGCAUGUCCUCCAACUUGCAUGGAUUCUGAGCUUACUAACAUUAAUCAGAGUGUUCCCAAAUUAACACCAUCCGAAAAUUUAUUUGCAUCUAAUGAUUUGAAUAACCGUCCAAAAAAAUUGCUCUUGCUUAAAAUGGGAUAUGACAGGGAUGAUGGGAUAAACUCAAAAUCUCAAUCAUCUAUUUCAAAUGGUGCAAAUACCCCAGAUAGUCUUGAGGAUCUCACUAUGGAUCAGCAGAUUCCACCUGAUAAUUCAUGUGGUGCUAAGGAUGCAAUCAGUCCUAACUAUUGUGAAUCACCCAUCAAAGAAAAAACGGAUUUUCAUGUAGAGGUUAAACCCUUGGGUAUUCUUUGGAAUACUGGAACUCCCCAAAUUAAUUCUAAGAUGGAAAAUGGUAAGUGUUCCAAUUUUGCUCACAUUCCAAGCCCCCCUCUUAGUAGACUCUCAGAUGAGUCUGAAAAAUGUGAUUUACAGCAAAAAUGUCUGGAGAAAACCACUUCAGAAAUCGGAAGUAUAUGGAAUCAAAAGAAUACCAACCAAACAUUCGAUUUGCUAAAAAAUCUCUUGUCUGACGAUGGCCUUGAAAGCUUCAGCUCUUCAAAGUGUGUUUUAAGCUCAUCCCAUUCGACUCAAAGUUAUUGCUCAGAUCCCACCUUCAAUGAAAAUUCUGUUGAUCAGAAGAAAAUCAUUGGGAAACGCAUUUCUGUGAUAGAUAAUAUUGAACUCGAGCGAAUAGCUCAUCGUGAUAAGCUUCAUAAAAUCUCAAUCAUGGAUGACUUACAAAGUCCAAAAGAAGUGUUGCGACAGGCCAUGAAAAUCUGCGAUACGUUAGAUCCAAUUUAAAGACUUAAUCUAAUCUUUAGGCUUUAUUGUUAUUAUAGGAUUCUAAAUUUGGAUUUGAAAUUAAAAUAUAUUCUAAGAAAGUUAACUUUUAAGCUAUCAUCCCUUAAUUUUAAAGAAUAGAUAAAUUUUUAUUCAUAUUUUCCAUCAGAAAUACAAGAAUUCCUAGACUCACCUCUAUGUAUUUCAAAAACUCUUGCCCAAAAUAAUGUCUAGAAAAUGUGCGUCUUAUAUGUUGCAAAUUAAUAUUUUAGUAACGGAAAAUAAAGUUAUCGAAAUCUGACAAAUUUUUUAAUGUUAAUGACUAUGAAAGUAUUAAAAGUAUCAAAACCAGUUUGAUUGUCUGAGGAAGCUGAAAGGUGAUAUUGAUUAUCAACUUUUUCUGACUUUAGUUUUGUUUGACAAAAGUUUACAAUAGGAUGCUGCUGUUAUUUUGGCCAUUUUAAUUUAUUUCCAAAAAUUGGAAAAAUGAUUUAAAAUGAGAUAUUAAAAUGAAUAUGAGAUAUAUUAAUAUGAGAUACAUUAAAAUGAGAUAUGAAAUAAGAAGUAGCUAUAAAAAUAAUAGGAAAUUGGUGAGAUUUCAUAUACAAUAAAAGGGCACUCUAUUCUUUUUUUCUCACAUAAAUACUAACUUGUAUGACCUAAAAUAUGUGUAUUUUUAUGUUAUUUUUGAUUAGAAUUUUAAAAACAUAAUAAAUGAUUCUGCAAGAGUUGUAAGUGCAAAAUUUUGAAUUGAGUGCUGAACUCUAUUGUUCUUACUUAAAGUUCUUUGUAUGGAAGUAUUGAUUUUUAUAACUGUGUAUAUAUGCGAGGAAAUCAAUUCAGAUGUGGUUCAAUCUAAUAUUGUUGAAUUUGUAGUUUAACUGCAAAGUUUAAAUUAUAAUUAAAAUUUCGAUUGCUACAUUUACUUUAUUGUCCAUUAAGUUUUUUAUCCACUAAGUUGUAAAAUAUGAAUUUAAACAUUCUCAUUGCAUCUAUAUUUAACUUUAAGAGAUGAUAGCUCUAAAAUGUGUAGAAUUUGUAAAUAUUACGUGUAAAUAAAAAUUUGUUGUAUUAAUAAUAGAAAAUAUAACAUUUUACAAAAUGUAUUAAUUUUAAAGAAAUGCUGAAAAGAAUGCUUUUUUUGCCUAUUUUUGUCUUGAAAUUGUUGAUAUCUGCAAAUUUUAACAUAAGAUUAUGUGCAUGUUAUGUUUUUUUUUUACUGAAAAUAAAAUGUUGCAUGAAGAUUGUAAAAGCUUCCUAAAAUGAUUAUGCUGUGAUUUCAUCUGUUUCCCUUAUUUAAUGAUCACCCAUUUUAGAAUGAGUUUAACGCAAUUUGAUUCUGUGAAGUCUUAAAAUCUAAUAAAUGUUUUGUUUGUAGA